AUGCCUCAAGCGCACUUAGUCGCCCGACUUCUGCCUGACUCAGCUUCCCCUAGAGGUCGAACAUAUCGCCCUCACAUCAGAGCAGAUUCCUCCAAAGCCAGAACCCAUCAAGACCCAAGUCUGGACAGCCACAGCAACCUCAUAUUCCCUCCUCUACCUCCUCUACCACCUCCACCCCCAUCAACCCAUGUACCUCGCAAUACACGCCAACAUCAACACCAACAUCGCUCCCAACCACCCCCUGCCCCUCGAACCCAUACACACUCAUCUCUACCCCUGCUGGACCUACCCCUAACCAUGCCAAUGUCUGACAAUGCAUCCGAUCACACUGUCAGCCUUCGUAUAUGGCAACAAAAUCUCAACACCUCUCCGACUGCCCAAGCCUCACUCCUUAAGUCACCUAAUGCUGCAGAUUGGGACCUUAUCACAAUCCAAGAGCCCCACAUUAAUUUUCUUCACAACACCAGCGCCAACCACCACUGGCAUGUACUGUACCCGACCCAGCACUAUACCCAUCCGCAACAAUGUACUUGA